CACUCUCCACUCUCCAGUCCCUAUCCCUCCCAAAUCAAAUUACAAAGACAAUACCGUCUUUCAGGUUUCUGCAGUCAAACUCCCUACUCCAUCCAGCACGCCCUACAGAAUUUUUUCGAACCCUUUAUUAGAAGGGGUAAGCUGCUACAACCACGUGAACUAAAUGUGGAAUGCCUAGUGCUGUGUGAAGACCCAUUAGGUUGCGACAUAGAUGAUCGUUUCUCAGUAGCCGGUGAUAUUUCUUCUGCAUUCAUUCAUUUGCUGGAAGUAUGCCCAAAAUUGCGCGAGAUUCACAUACAAGCAUGGUUUCUCGAAGCGAUGUAUGAUUGCUUAAAGACAGAGUCAAAACUUUCCAAGGAACUUUAUCGCGUGGCUCAAACGCUCAACUCUCUUCACACUCUGAGUUUGAGUUAUGAUGACAUUUUCAUAACUUCGUCCGAGGAUUCACUUCUUUGGGUCGAAGGGCUACUUUCGUCCUUUCCAACACUUGAGAAGUUCAUCGUAGGAGGACGGGACAUUAGUCUCAAGACUGCUCAGAAGUUCUUGCGUUUUCCACGUGCCUCCCCAAAAGUUGAAAUACUUUUCACAUGUUGUAUGUAAUUGUUAGUUUGAAUGUCCCCUUAACCUUUCAAGGCGAAUGAAUUAGAAAAGUCCUGCUAAAAGUUGGCUUUGCUCAUGUAAAAAAAAAAGAAGCCUUAUUUUGGUUUUUUUCCUUGUCUCUGGAUAUAUCGGGUGUAUAAUCAUCAUUUUCUAUCGUGAGGUCACAAGAAUCAAUUAACUUGAUUUAU